ACUUCCAGUUUCCACAUCUCUCUCUCUCUCAAUUUCCACGUCACAUCUCUCUCUCUCUCAAUUUCCACCUCUCUCUCUCUCUCUCUCUCUCCCCGCUAAUUCCUCUGAAAAUUCAGGUCUCUGAAUCUCUUCUUUUGUUUAUCUGUUCCUUUCCUUUCGUCGAAGUUUGUAAUCAGGAAAGGUCUCUGUGUGUGUGUAUAUAUAUCUGCGUACUCUGCUUCUCGAUGAUGGCAGCGUCGACGUUGAAGUCUCUGGCCGUAGGGUACCGAUUUUGUCCGACGGACUAUGAGCUCAUCAAUCACUUCCUGCGGCUGAAAAUCAACGGCGAUGAGGAGGCGGUCAGCAUUAUUCGGGAGGUUGACAUCUAUCAAUGCGAACCCUGGGAUUUGGCCGGUAUGUCGCUGAUUCCGACGACUGAUGAAGUGUGGUUCUUCUUUUGUCCCGUUGGCCGCAAGUAUCAGAGUGGAAAGCGUUUGAAACGAGCGACGGAUGCUGGAUACUGGAAGGCCACGGGUAAGGAUAGAACGAUCAAGUAUGUAGGUCGAACCUCUGUGAUCGGCACGAAAAAGACUUUGGUGUUCCAUAAAGGGCGUGCUCCGAAAGGGCAGAGGACAGCCUGGAAAAUACACGAGUACCGGGCAAUUGGUGAGGAGCUUGAUGGCAGUAAACCGGGACAGGGCUCUUUUGUCCUCUGCAAGCUAUUCAAGAAGUAUGAUAAGAAUAACGAAGGGUCAAACUGUGAUGAUGAUAAAUGUAAUGUUUAUUCUCCCAUCAUAGUUACAUCAUUUUCUGAGGAUAUACACUCAGAGCAGGUGACUCCUAGCAUAGGUGCCGCGCCUGAGAAUCUACCUUUUUGUUCUGGGAGUUAUAUUGCUAAAAAUUCUGGCAAACCAACUUUUGAUGUUACUUUACCUGUUGGAUCCAGUAAUAACUGUUUUGGCGAUGUUGGAGCAGAUGAAGUAAUUUUUAUGCCAGAAUUGGAGCCAGAACAAAUGUUGAGACUGCAAUUUAGUAAUGCAAUUCAUGAACUUCCAGAUGGUGAUGACGAAGUCGACACCCCUUUCCCGUCGGAUGUGCAGACGUUGCUUGGAUCUUCAUGUAACUUGAAUUACCCCAUCUCUAAUGACAUAGGCGAUGUCCAUAUGGAUCAGUCCGGCACAAAUGAACAGGAUGACACUUUCGUGGAUUCAAUCCUAGUUACCCCAGAUGGUUAUUCCUGUGAAGAUUCUGGAAGUCAGAAAAAUUUAGCUGUGGAAAAUCAGGUCUCAAAUUAUGUUAACCAUAUUGAGAGGAACUCUGUGAAAUACACUCAAUCAUUUAAUGAGUCCGAUGGACAGGUAGCCUUGGCACAGUUUGACUGGAGUAACAGGAGGAAGGAUCCUGUACCUAUGGCAAUGUGUUCCCGAGGUUAUAGAACUAGCAUAAGGAAUGAAGAAUACCUUAGAAAUAAUCUGGUUGAGUUUCUUGGAAAUUGUUAUGUUGCUCCUGGCAGCAACCAAUCCAUCGAUAUGCUUUGUACUUCUGAGGAAUCAACCAGUUAUGGCACUGGAAUCAAAUUGAGGACUCGUCAAGUUCACAAUCAACCUAGUGGCAAAAACUGUUGGCCCCAGGGAAAUGCACCAAGGAGAAUCAGGUUGCAGAGAAAGUUUCAAGUUGGAUCAUCUUGUUUUAGCAAUAAGAGAGUUUUGAGCAGCAAGAAACAAAACCAUGAAAUGAAACCAGUGGAGGAUAAGAAUGAAGGAGCUGGAAAAAAAUAUCCUGCUCGUGUUGGUCCUGCCAUUGUAAUAGAUAAAUUCGAGCAUGCAUCCUUUUCAAAUUCUAAUAAUGUCACUGAAGUAGCUCAACAACCAGGUUUGGACCUGAAAUCAGGAUGUAGAUUUCCAAGAGGUGAUGACAAAGAGGUUCCCUCUAUAUGUUUGAAGGCUUCUCCUUUGCACUCAAUUUCCUCAACUAUGCGUAAGCUCAGGGUUCUUGCUGUCCUAGCCCUGUUCAUUGUCUUUGGGGCAUAUGGCUUUGCUUUAGGGUUAAAGUUUAUUAGAGAUGGGACCAUAUUUUCUCUGUAUAAAUGAUGAUAGUUAAUAUUCUAGUCGUUAUUUAGCAAUUUAGGAUGAGUUGGACAGGAUAGUGCUCUCUCCAUCCCACCUUCCCUGCGUAUAUGGUAAUGGAUAAAGAUAAUUGGUGAGUUAGAAUUAGUACCUAACCCCACGUAGUGGGAUUAAGGCUUGGUUGUAGUUGUUGUGUUAUCUUUCUCUACCCAAAUAAGUAGAGGUUCUUCAUAUUUA